AUGCUUGGCCUGAAUGUCCUGGGUACCAGGACGAAGAACCAGGACUGUGAACGAGGCAGAAGGACUAUGUCAAUAUUGCUUAUAAAGUCAAAAAUUGUGAGCGAGCAUUUAUUGACAGCAAUAAAAGCGCAGAGGCAAUCGCGUUGUCCUAACGGUCUGACGAAGUACGGCUGUAGCUUGGGUCCGGUCGAUAUUCAAGGGUCACUGUGCAGAUUUUAUUUAUUGUUACCUUCGUGCAAGUUCGUAUGUGCAUUCGAGAAGAAAAACAACAAGGCGGUGAUCAAGUGUUCCGUUGUGGAUAGAUAUAUACGAGAAGGUCCCGCGGACAACAACAAUACCACUCUGGAUACCACGUUGCUCAUAUGUCCUCGCGGCGCCGUUGGCGGUUGCAGCACCCCCGGCAGUAGAGUGGAUCCCUGGUGGAAUCCUGGUCCCCUAUUCCCGACGGUCCCGGUCCCUGGUCCCCAGAGGUCCGAAGAGGGGCCACCGGUUAACAAUCUUCAGUACUGCAGCCCCGGGCGAGGAUCGAGCUCGUCAUCGACGCCGCCGACUCCUACCACGUACGUCGGGCUGUCGUCGACGCCGUCCUGCCAUCAUCAGAGAAAUCCUUACGGAAUCGCGGCUACCUCGACCUCUACAUCGGCGAGCCUCGGUCUCGUGGACUCGAUCGCCCGGGGCGCCGAUGUCGUAGCAUCCUCUGGAUACGGUUCGAUAUCGGGGACUUCGUCUGGGAACGUGCUGUCGGCGUUACUUGCUGCCUCGACCGCGACGGCGACGUCGGGAAGCGUCUCGACAGUGACGGAGAACGUACAGAUCGCCCGGGGAGUCCCGUCCUCGGGACAGAGCAACGUGCUCUCGUCGUUGCUGGCCUCGACGUCGAACUCACCCGGAGCGUUUUCCUCCUCGGUACCGUCGUCCUCGACCUCGUCCACCGUGUCGUCGGUGGUUCAUCAUCCACGGGUCGGCGGUGCUGCCACCUCGGCUGACUCGCUGAACAGUAUUCUGUCGUCGCUGAACGUCAGAAUAAAACCGGAAGACACCUCCGGGGACAGAAACGAAUCCAGCAACUUCAACGCUUCCUUAUUGAGUUCCUUAUUGUCGACCUCGCGGAUCUCCGGCUCGCGCAACGACGAGUCCUCCGGCAGUCCUGCCAACCUGACUGGACAGAACGAACGCGAUACCGUUACCAACAUCAAGGUCGAGUAUUCAUCCUGCGACGUUCUGGAAGCCGAGGACGACCUCGCCGCGACGUCUCCGUACGACAUUAUAUCGACCUCACGGACCACCAGGAACUUGUCCAGGCAAGGCUGUCGCUCCAAGGACUCCUGUGACGUGGUAUCGCCAGGAUCAGACAUCGCGAUCGACAUGAAGUACGAGAGGCAAUCGGGACCACCCACUGCACCGCCUCAUCUCAGUUCAUCAGGGGUUGAGCCACCUCACAGUAGUCAAGGCAGCGGGAUGGUAGGGGGUUCUCCAGCGGAAGUCGUCGGUGUGGACAGUCUUCUCUUGUCGCCCUGGGGCGCGAGUGGACCAGACUUCUUGGAGCCACCGGAUGUCAAGCAAACGGCAGCUGGUAUCCAGGAUGCCUGGGACACGAUCCUCUUGGGAUCUGGCGUAGCAUCCACGCAGUCUUUGGCAGAGUUGAAGCCACUUCCUCCGUUCACCAAUUACACUGGACACCUGAGUAUCAACGGUAUACCUGGACAUCAUUACCACACGAUAGCAUCAUCGGCCCAGAGACCGUCCUUGCAGUCGUCAUCGCCCACCCCGUCUUCCAAUCAAGAGUACUACGAGCCUCCUGUGGUAUCCUCGAGUACACCCUGUCCUCAGGGUAGUCAGAAGCAGCAACAGCAACAGCAGCAACAGCAGCAACAACAGCAACAACAGCAGCAGUUACCACAGUCGACGCAGCAGGUUGAGUACGACAUAGAGGACAUCGCCGAGAUCAUCGGGUCAGCGAUAGCAGACACUACAGUACCUGGUGGUGGGAAUGGUCCAGGAUCUGAAAACGACCCCGACGCCUCCCGAGACUGGAUAGACAUAGCGGAGUGGAUAGACACUGCAUGCUCACCGAAGACCCAGGAGACGACGUCGCCGAGUCCCUACUCCCAGAUAUACGCCACGACGAAUCAGUCAGGUGGACCCGGAGGACAGCAACACGGAUCCACACUCCAGAAUUUAUUGACGCAUGGAUACGCGCCUUUACUCCAGGCCAGAUUACAGGCUGGUAACACCAUGCAAAAUACGUCAUGCGGCGAGACGCCAUCCUCGACGAGUCCUUACCCACCGGUGAGUCCUCCAGGUAGAGUCUCCACCUCGUGCAGUCCGGAUCACAUGCUCCAUUCCUCGUUCGCCGCGCCCUCUCAUCCUAGAAAGCGGCCGCGUCCCGCACCAGGUUCCCAGAAUCCCUCGAAGAAGAGUCCUGGCGCCACGACGGGCCUACCGUACGGCACGGAGUCCAGUCUGAUUGGCGGCAAAGAGAAACCCGUUCACAGGUGUGGAAUCUGCAAUCGCGGCUUCCUCAACAAGAGUAACAUAAAGGUGCAUCUAAGGACUCACACGGGCGAGAAGCCAUUUCGCUGCGAGGUAUGCGGCAAGGCCUUCCGGCAGAAGGCGCAUCUCAUUAAGCAUCAACAGAUUCACAAGAGAAUUGGUCGCGAUUAACGAGUGUUCAAAUUGGAGACCGGAAGCGGUCAGUGUCUUUAACCAUCGGUAGUUACGGUUUCCGGAUUGAAGAGGUCGUUGCGGCGGGUGAACGGCCCUUAGAUGGUAUAAGAAAAAGGGAAAAACGGAUUUAAGUAAACGAAAGACGACAAGAAGAAAGAGCACACGGGGUCUCUGCGCCCUACCCGCCCGCCCCCCCAACCCUCUCGCAGACACGUGAGGGCCCACAGUAUUAUUCGCCAGGGUGUUUUUCUUUAAUUGCGUCCUUUCUGUAUAAAGUAGACCAAAAUAACGACGGAUUGUGAUUCGUAUCGGGAACGCAGUUUCUGCGCAUGCGCAAUCGUACUUAAGUUCGGCCGAUCGUCGCGCCACGGUCUGCUCUUUCGUUACUUGACUUUAACCGUUCGACGUGGGUCUAGGCAUGAAGCCUGAAGUUCACUCGAGUCCGAUGGGUAGGACGAUGACGAAUAUGACGAUAAUACGGAUGACGAUGACGUCACUUUUAGCCUCGUUAACGGGUACGAAACGUACGACGUUCGUCCUGGGUCUUGAUCGUUGAUUUCUUACGCGCAUACAUAGACAUUUCUCUCUUUCGUUCUCACGGGAGUUUGUUGAAAGCGAGAAACUUGCGACUGUCGAUUACCCCCUCUUCCACCCAGCCCCCCGUCCACCUACCAGUGUACGUUUGUCUAUCUGUCUGUCUCUGUCUAUCUCUUAUGUACAUACUCGCCUGCGUACAAAAGCGAACGAGAAACAUCGAGCAUUGAUUAGAGAUACAGAAAUAAUUCGCAAUAAAAGUGUUUUAAGAUAUUUUGGGUAACUCAAAGCAAAAGGACGUACAAAAAUAGGAUUUUUCAACGGGCGUACGACCUUUUGCUUUUGGUCAGCCGAUUUCGUAUGCUGCGUAUAUUGGUGAUACACGAGAGUAUACUAGAAGUGCGCGUCUUUAUAGGUUAGGACUAAAGUCGCGCAUCGAACGAUGUACCUACGGUUCUUUAAGUUAAGUUCUUAUCAGUUGUUCUGUUUUAUUUAUAAUGCUUUUAUAUUAUAUAUUCUUCCACGUA